CCUCCGACCGUUUUUGCCAGCCCUCGACCCGCUGCUGCUCCGGUCUGCAUUUUCGGUCCGCUGCCCCGUCUAAAAAGGUUCGUGUUCCGAUACGGUUUCUUAUUGGCAUUGUCGGUGGUUUGCACCGCUCUCCCGGCCUUUUUUUCAUCCCUUCUGUGCGGUUCUGCUCUACAACAAAUAUGCGAGGGAGGCGUGUUAGUGGGACGGGCCGGACUCGGCCCCCCACACUAGCGGUUGUUGAGGAGGAGGACGACCAGACAGCACCUCCAGAGGUGGCUGAGGCGCAAGAGGGUGUGCAGCCAGCUCCAGCACCUCGUAGACCUCGAGCUCGGCGCCAGCCUGUUGAGGGGGAAGUAUUGGAUGCCACUGGCAGAAUCCGAGUCAUCCCCAACGCACAGAGGACCAGGUUGCUCGAUACCAGCACGGUAUCUAGAGAGUUGCGGGAAAUCUUCCAGAGUCGGUGGUGGGCAGUAGGCACCGCUUGGAGGUUUUUGCCUGAGGAGGCUGUUUCUUUUUACUUCGAGGAGUUUAAGAAAAAAUUCUUCUGGGAGGACGAAUUUGAGGAACGAGUCAUCCGAAGUACUUUCGAGAAGCAUGCUGCGAACCGGUAUUCUGACAGGUUGUCCACUUACAAGACUUCUCGUGAGAGAGACGUGUCUAUUACAGACGACGUGUGGCAGGCUUGGGAGAGAGUUUGGGACUCUGAUGAGACAAAGAAGAAAUCAGCCCAGGCGCGGGCCAAUCGGAUGAGCGAGCCGGCCGGAGCUGGCACUGGACCAGUUCGACAUACCGGAGGGUCGAUGUCUGCUUUAAAGCAUAAGGCGGUUUUGGCUAGGGAGCUGGGGCGCGAGCCGACACAUGCUGAGGUGCAUAAGCGGAUGCACACUCUGAAGGCUGACCCGACCCGAUUCGUGGAUGAGCGCGCGAGGAUUGCGGCUGAGCGUUUUGAGCAGGAGAUGUUGGCCGCUACACAGACAGCCGAGGGGAGUACAGCAUCUACCCCAGUGGAUCCGGACGAAGUUUAUCUUGCUGUUGAGGGGGUGAGGAAGCGGCGUAUCUACGGAUUAGGCUCAGUUGGUUCUGAGUACGUAGCCUCGCAGCGGGGUACUUCUAGUAGACGACCCGGCAGCUCCUCUCAGACCAUGUCGCCAGCCGACGAUGCGAGGUUCCGCACUGAUCUCAUCGCUCAGUUUGCGGAUACGAUCCGUGAUCAAGUCCAGAUUGCGGUUGCAGCGGCGAUGCAGCAGAUGCAGCAGCGGGCCCCGGGAGAUGUUUUACCCACUCCUCCACCACCGCCUCCACCACCGCCUCCACCGGCUACUGAUGACGUUGUCCCAGAUGACGACGUCACAGAUUUGUAGUACUGUAGUGUAGGGACGUUUUUGAUAUACAAUUUUCAUGUAUCGUACGUUAUAUA